GCCGCCGCAUCCGUCAUGCCGAAGCACGAGUGCUCCGUGGACAUGACCUGCGAAGGCUGCGCCAAGGCGGCAUCUCGGGUCCUCGACAAACUGGGAGGAGUUAAGUUUGGCAUCGACCUGCCCGACAAGAAGGUCUGCAUUGCAUCUGAGCACAGCAUGGACACUCUGCUGGAGACCCUGAAGAAAACAGGAAAGACCGUUUCCUACCUCGCCUCGAGUAGCAAGUGCCUGGGCACCCCCGGCCAGCAGGAUGAACCCAGGCAGGCAGGUGGCCGAUCCUCUCCUGGCUUUCAGACAGACCUGGGACUUGGCAGUCCUGCGUGCGGCGAUGGCGUUCCUGCGAGACCCUCAUUUGCCCUUCUUCCUAGCCUCUCCGCAGUAAAGUCCAGCUGCUCUUGGAAAAAAAAAAAAAUUCUGCAAAUAGAAGACUGA